AUGGCGGACGAGGGUUUCCGCCGCCUACCCGACGACGUCCUCAUGCAAAUCUUGGUGCUCCUACCGACAAGCUCACGGCGGAGGUUCCGCCUGGCCUGCAAGCGGUGGCGCGACAUGAUCAACGAGUUCACGCCGGAGCGGCAGGUCGGCGCCAACGCCCUCGCCUUCAUGAGUCAGCAGAGAAACUGCUCCCGCGCCCUCGUCUUCGACAAAAAGGACGGGCUCCGCCGGCACGAGUGGAUCUACCCCUGCUCCCACGAGCGCAGCAAAAUCGAGAUGGUAGGCACAUGCAACGGCUUGCUCUGCCUGCACGAGACCAUGGCGUCGGUCGGCAAUGGUGGCGGUAGCUUCCUCUCUGCCAUCACGGUGACCAACCUGAUCACCAGCGAGGCGCUGGCGCUCCCGCCGGCGCCGAGGUCAUGGGAGCAGGAGCAGGUGAGGUUGCCGGGGAAGUACAGCUUCGGGUACCACCUGACGACAGGGCGCUACAAGGUCGUGCACAUCCCGUGCGGGCGGCGCCAGGCGGUCUCCGCACUGCAGGUCUUCACCGUGGGCGACGACGCGGCGUGGCGCGAGGUGCCGGUGGACACCCGGCCGGGCGUGACCUACGACCUCCAGUGCGAGCCCAUCUCCGUCGACGGGCGAACGUACUGGCUCGAUGCGUUCUCCGACCGCAUGAUGGCGCUGGACCUCGAGGACGAGAGCGUCGCGUCGUUCGCCGCGCCGCCGGCCGCCCGUCUCGGCCCGAUCCCGGAGGACGCCGGGUGGAAGCUGGCGAACGUCCGCGGGAGGCUGGCCGUGGUGGUGGUUGCGGCGGCGGCGACGGCGAGGGUGGAGGUGUGGGUGCGGGAUGGAGAAGGCGUGCUGCCGCAUUGGACCCGGAGGUACGACAUUGCAGUGAAGGUGAUGGCGCCGACGAUGGCAGCACCCGAUGGCUUUGAGGAGCUCGUCAUGAGCGAGGAGGAAAGCGAUGGCGACCUCAAGGUUUUCGCCUACGUCGAGACUCUUGAGCCGCUGCCGGGCAUUCAAAGAUGA